AUGUCCACCCCUAUUGGUUCUGGGAUUCCAUCCGAGGGCCUCCCUCUGCCUAUCGAUGAGCUUCUUCAUGCUCUACGCGGCGUCCAGGAAUCAGAACACUUCAACCGCAUACAAGAGACUUCGUGCUCGAAGUGGUUGCUGACGCCCGGAAACCCAAGACCUGUAGACUUUGACAAUUUGUCCGAAAUGCGUCUAGAAGAUGCUGUCGACGCCUACAAUCGCACCGCGCCUGUCUAUCUUCUGCGUGACCUGCCGGAUCCGCAGGAAUCGAACCCACCAUUGUUCUGUGCAGUUGUUAUUAUUCUUCGAUCAGCUGUUUAUGAUUUUGAAACCAUCCCUGAUAUUGGAGCUAUACUUGUUUUCAUUGCUUCUACUGGAAUUAAGCAAGAUAUUAGCGCCCCUAUCGACUUUUCUUUGAUCCCAGAGGCCGAGUUGCUAGACAAAGCGUGCGACUCGGCUGGUCGCACGCAAGCGAUCGAAACCUCAUUACGGGCUGCGAUCGAUUUUCUCAUCCUUCUCGAGCAACGAGAGGCUGGAGUCUUUGGCUUCAAGCCGGAUCCUGUUGAAAGUACGCGCAACGAGACUCUAGACCGUGGUGAUCCCAUCGCUGCAGCUGCCAGGGAGCUCGGUUGGGACAACGACGCAAUGGGACUACUACAUGGGCCUAGCUCAGCUUGGGUUGAUACAGGCAAGUAUCACACCUGGACUGGAAGAGGGGUCUUGGCCCGUAAAGCGUUCGAAAACGUGCUACGCUUCUUUCGGCGGGCUGCAGACUUUGAAAGAGACCGCGCGAAGCAGUUCUCUCCGGAAUGGCUCCGGCUCAUCAAGCAGCAAAGCCGCUCAGCGACAUUAAUCAGCGACAGCAAGCAAGAGUCUACAUAA